AUGGCUUUAAAUCCUUUAUCCAAAAUACUCGAAGAAAACAAACUUACUGGACCAAAUUUCACUGAUUGGCUCCGAAAUUUGAGAAUCGUUCUCAAUUUGGAAAAGAUCGGUUAUGUUUUGGACCAAGAUCCUCCAUUGAUUGGUAUCAUACCAGAUGAUGCUGAUGUUGAUCAGCUUGACGUUCAUAAUGCUGAGGUUGCAGCAUUUAAUAAGUGGAAGGACGAUGAUCUGAGGGCUAAGAGUUAUGUCCUUGCCUUUAUGACCAAUGAGUUACAACGUCAGCAUGAAAAGAUGCCUGACGCAAAAUCUAUGGUCAAUCACCUACAAGAGUUGUACGGUGAGCAUAGUAGGAUUGCACGUUAUGAGGUUACUAAGGCUUUAUUUCGAGCAAAACUACAAGAAGGAGGAAAUGUAGGAGAUCAUGUUCUUAAUGUGAUUGGCUUAUUGGAGAGAUUGGAAGAAUUAAAUAUCUUCCUUGACUCUGAGCUUGAAGUAGACUUAAUUCUACAGUCUCUUCCAGAUUCUUUUGGGCCUUUCAUAAUGAAUUUCCACAUGAACAAGCUUCAUUGUUCUAAAUCUGAUCUGCACAAUAUGUUGUGCAUUGCUCAUGCUACAAUGAAAGGUAUGAACACUAAUACUGUUCUUUUAGCCUCUUCCAAGUCAAAUAAAAAGAGAAAGAACAAGAAGGAUCUGAGAAGAAGUAGAGAGUUGACUGAAGAUGAGAUUGCUCUAAGGAUGGGAAAUGGAGCAAGAGUUGCUAUAAUAGCAUUUACGGAUAACCUAGCAGAUCCGUUUUCUAUACCACUUAUUCAGGAGCAGUUAGAUCGGCAUCUUGAGAAGAUGAGGGUUACCGAUUGGCUCUAG